AUGUCGGUCCAGCCACCCGUCGAUAGCACCAUUCGGGACCCCAUCCCUCGGCCUGCCAAUUCGCAAUCAGAGGUACCCAGGCCAUACAGGGAGCUCUUUAAAAACAAAGAAGCAUCAAAAUUCGUCGAUCCAUGCGAUCAGGCCCGAGCAGACUCGAUGAGAUGCCUCGAUGAACAAUCUUACAAUCGCUCUGCUUGUUCAGAGUUCUUUACGGCUUAUCGGGAUUGCAAGAAAGCCUGGCUGAAGCAGCGAAGAGAGGACCGUAUGGCAGGACGCUACUGA